CUCUCUCUCUCUCAUAUUCUAGCUGAUACAAUUGUCUCUGUUUUAUCUGAUAUGUUUCGCUAAUUGAGCGACUACCCAAAUCUUAAUUUCAUAAAAGACGACGACUUUUAGCUGAACCACUCGCAGUGAGCUCCAGAUUAAUCCGACCCAGAAAGGUUUUUCUCAUUCCAACCUUGCUUUCUUGAUCGAAAGCCAUCGCUGUCGAUUUUUCAGCACCAGAAUUUUCGUAAAGAAAACUCCUUUCAACUUGUUCCUGCAGCAAUGGACGACGAUGGGUCCAACCCAUUGCGCCGAAUGUCGAGUCGAACUCGAAAGGUUGCUUCGAAAAUGACUGCUGCCCUCCAGAGCAGUGACAACCGCACGCAGGCUGCCCUUGCUCGGCUUGAAGCUUUGGAAAAUGAUAAUGCUGGUUUGGAGACGGUAGAAGUUAACGACGAUGAUGAAGCUUCUCUUGACGAUGAUGAUGUGUUUAUAACAAAGAAGCAGUCUAAGGGUACCAAACGUAAAACCCGGCAGGCAAAAGCUCUUGAGGCCAAGAAGGCCCCAAGAACAUUCCUUGAGCUUCUGCAUGAGGCAAAUCUCGACUCCUUGCCUCCUCAUGUUCCUUCCUAUCUGAAGGCAGCAGUGGGACCACCAAGCUCUACCUCCCGCCGCCAUUUCUGCACUGUUUGUGGUUCUGCUGCCACCUACACAUGUGUGAGGUGUGGGGUGCGCUUCUGCUCGGGUCGUUGCCAGAAUAUACACAAUGAUACUCGAUGUUUGAAGUUUGUUGCCUGAUUGGUGAGUGGUUUUAACCAACACAUGCAGCUUUAGUGAACUGGAUGCUGAUUCAUGUUGAUAAUCCAUAACUAUCGUUUCUAUGUUGUUAGUAGUUACCGUAAUCUUGUUUGCAUUGACGUUUUGGUUUUAGUCUCCCUGAGAAGUAGGUGUACCAUUGUUUACGCUAACAUUUUGUUCUAAGGCAAGCGGUUCUGAAAAGAAAAAAAAGAAAGAAAAAACUAUAUUUAUCCAGUUGUGGUUAAUUGAAUUUUUUCUCUUGCAA